AUGAUCAAGACUCACGCCGACUCCGAUGAUUUCCUUCCCUCCGCGGGACGUGUGUUUGUCCAUCAAGGACCCCUAGCCCGCCCACCAACACACGCCCGCCUCACCAGCCCACAGUCCAUCCCUGAAGUCCAAGUCCCCGGCCCGAAGGCAAUUCCUUCCUCCACUGCCCCCCUUAUCCCUGGCAAGCGCCGUGUGCGUGUCCAUCAAGGACCCCAGCCCACCCACGUUCCGCAACACGCGCUGCCCCCAUUCACCUUAUGCCACUGCGAGGAUACCGAGCCGAAACGUCGACAUCUAGGGAAGGAGUAA